UCCACUGUCACACUGGUAAGAACCAGAAUAGCCAACGUAGAGAGAGGGCGAGAAAGUCUCCUCAACUAGUGAGAGAGAUGGGUGGCUGGGCAAUUGCCGUGCAUGGAGGCGCUGGUGUGGAUCCAAACCUCCCACAAGAGCGUCAGGAGGAGGCCAAACAGCUCCUCACCCGCUGCCUUAACCUAGGCACUUCUGCUCUUCGUUCUUCUCUUCCUGCUAUCGACGUCGUCGAACUCGUGGUGAGAGAAUUGGAGACCGAUCCGCUAUUCAAUUCCGGGCGCGGAUCUGCGUUAACGGCCAAAGGGACGGUGGAGAUGGAAGCGAGCAUCAUGGAUGGGCCGAGGAGGAGAUGCGGGGCUGUAUCCGGAUUAACGACGGUGAAGAAUCCGGUAUCAUUGGCACGCCUCGUCAUGGAAAAGUCUCCUCAUUCCUAUCUCGCCUUCUCCGGCGCUGAGGAGUUUGCCAUGCAACAGGGCGUGGAAGUGGUGGACAAUGAAUACUUCAUAACGGAGGAAAACAUGGGGAUGUUGAAGCUGGCGAAAGAGGCGAACACGAUCGUGUUCGAUUACAGGAUUCCAGCCUUAGGUCUGGAAACGUGUAGCGCCGGUGCUGGCGCGGUGGAGAACGCGUUGCAAAUGAAUGGACUCCCAAUCAGCAUAUACGCACCCGAGACGGUGGGUUGUGUGGUGGUGGACGGGCAGGGGCGAUGUGCAGCAGCCACUUCUACGGGGGGUCUUAUGAACAAAAUGUCCGGCCGCAUCGGUGAUUCCCCCUUGAUAGGUGCAGGGACCUAUGCUUGUGAUAUCUGCGCUGUGUCAUGCACCGGAGAGGGCGAGGCCAUAAUACGUGCCACUCUGGCCAGAGAUGUAGCGGCUGUGAUGGAGUACAAAGGUCUGGAGCUCCAAGACGCGGUGGAUUAUGUGAUCAAGGAAAGGCUGGACGAGGGAAAAGCGGGGAUGAUCGCUGUCUCCAGGAAUGGGGAGGUGGCUUACGGGUUCAACACAACGGGAAUGUUUAGGGGGUGUGCCACCGAGGAUGGGUUUAUGGAAGUUGGUAUUUGGGAGUAGUUUUUCUUCUUUUUGUUUUUUUAUUUGCAACUUAGAUGCAGACGAGUGUUAAAAAUGUAAACGCUCCUUCCUACGUGUUCUUGGGAGCCUACUCUUAUCAUAUCCCUCCGUGGCACCGUCUAUGCCCUCAAGGCUCAAGCUACUUGUAAUACUUUCCGCCCUCUGUUGUGAUCUCUUGUGCUUUUUUCCGGGCCAGGGCCCUCGGCCUCUGGCCUGUUACUUCAAUAAAAAAGUCGCUGGAGAUCCAUUAUAUUA